UCGCCUGGACUCACUUUGGAGAGGCUGAGGACAACGAAGGAACCAUCUUGUAUAAAGACUCGACAAUGACCCCGAUCAAGAUGAGAUAUUCCCUUCCCUCCUCAGGUCAUCCUCUCCAUCAUCCAUCCAGACAAUCCAUCAGUUGUAUCCCUCAGGAUCACUUCCUCCUUCUCUCUAGCCCAUCAUGCAGAUCAAGUCUCUCCUCCUCGCGGCCGCUGCUGCCCCCGCCGCCCUCGGCGCUGCCGUCAACACCAUCAAGCCCUUCAACUGCGGUACCGAUUCUCCCUCGCGCCAGCACAUCCAGAUGACCAAGGAGCUCGCUGAGAAGGAGGCUGCUUUCGCUGCCGCCGGUGGCAUGUCCGCCCAGGCCACCAUCAACGUCAACGUCUACUUCCACGUCGUUGCCGCCUCCACCUCGCUCAGCGAUGGCUACGUUACCUCCACCAUGAUCAACAACCAGGUCUCCACCCUCAACACCGCCUACGCCCCCCACAACAUCCAGUUCACCCUCAAGGGCACCGACUACACCGUUAACAGCAACUGGGCCUCGGACGGCUCCGAGCUGGCCAUGAAGAAGGCGCUCCGCAAGGGCACCUACAAGGACCUGAACCUGUACAUCCUCAAGGACCUCGGCGACGCCUUGGGGUACUGCUACUUCCCCACCUCGGUCACCUCCAAGUCCAACGACUGGUACUACGACGGCUGCUCGAUUUUGUAUUCGACCCUCCCCGGCGGUUCCCUCACCAACUACAACCUCGGCCACACCUCCACCCACGAGAUCGGUCACUGGUUCGGUCUGUACCACACCUUCCAGGGCGGAUGCACGGGUAACGGCGAUUAUGUGUCGGAUACCCCCGCCCAGGCGUCGGCGAGCAGCGGGUGCCCUACUGGACGUGACUCUUGCCCGAGCCAGGCUGGUUUGGAUCCUAUUCACAACUACAUGGAUUACUCUUACGAUACCUGCUACAUUGAGUUCACCGCCGGCCAGAGGACCCGCAUGACCUCUUACUUCAACCAGUACCGCGCCAACGCUUCCGUCUAAGUGAUCGUAGGAUAGUCGUCGACUCUGCAGCAGUCAUGGCUUGACUUUUGUGAUCAAUCCCCCACGACGGUUCGCGGUUGUAUAUAGUGACCUUACCAUAUGUUCCUGAUCUGCAACG